GGGCGCGGGAAGGGGAGCUUGGAGAAGGAGCCGCAGGGCGCAGAGAGGUGGAGAGAGCGAAGGCGCGGGCCAGGGAGGAGCCCCCCCGGGCGGCGGGGCCCGGAGCUCCGCUGGGGGUCGCGGCGAUGAAGAAGCGGCCGCCGGCGAGGAGACAAGGCACUGCUCGCGGAAGAGGACCCGCGAGGGCGAGGCCGAGGUCCGCACCUGCGUGCCCCGAAGCGGAACUUCUGAACAUGUGCCCUUCUCGAUGAACCCACAGUGAUCUGUUUGUUUUGCCUUCUUACCAGCUCAUGCAUUCUUCGAGUCUUGGUAACCGGAAUGUUUUGUCUGUUCAGGCUCAAAACGUUUCAGUGGGACAGGAACCAAAGUUAAGUACCUCAUCAUGGGUCCUGACGAACCUGGGAAAACUGUGAGCUGUUGACUGCACUGCCUCUCUGAAUCAGCUGGUUCUUCUUUUUGUCUUUGGUUUUCAAAGCUCCCCAAAGGCAACCUGAAAUCCAGAAUCUUCUCAGAAUAGGAUGGGGGAAAAUUCUGAAGUUCUCAUUAAACCCAGUUAUCUCUCAAGCUUUGGAAGGAGCCAAAAUGCCAAAGGCAAGAAUUCCAGAGCUUUGCCGACACUGUUGUGAUUUCCUGAUAAAUGUCUAACAAAUCCAGCAUGUGUCCACUAGGCCUGGCCAGCUGCUGGGCAAAGUUCCAGAACAGUGAGACAUCUUGGGAUUCAUCUGGUUUAGGAAAGACCUUUAACUCCCAGGUGGUAGUCACCUCAACGUUCUUUAAAUAGUCAAGUGUUGAUGUCUUUUCACUGUGGUCUGUUCUGAUGGCUGACCCCUACCAGCGUGAAACAGAAGGAUGACCUUUUUCUGUGAACAGGACAACUGUGAAGGAGGGAGCUGUGUGUGUGAAAGUCUGUGGGAAGAGAGAGCCACCUAGAAUGUCCCCACCAAACCAGUCAGUGGAAGACCUUCUGCAGGGGACUUCCAACAGAUCCCUGAAUGCCACAGAAACUCCAAAAGCUUGGGAUCCAGGGACCCUCCAAGUCCUCAAAAUUUCUCUCGCUGUGGUCCUCUCCAUCAUCACACUGGCCACUGUCCUUUCCAAUGCCUUUGUACUCACUACCAUCUUCCUGACCAGGAAGCUCCACACUCCAGCCAACUAUCUCAUUGGCUCCCUGGCCAUGACAGACCUCUUAGUUUCCAUCUUGGUCAUGCCCAUCAGCAUCCCAUAUACCAUCACCCAAACCUGGAGCUUUGGCCAACUCCUGUGUGACAUCUGGCUGUCUUCUGACAUCACAUGCUGCACGGCCUCCAUCCUGCAUCUCUGUGUCAUUGCUCUGGACAGGUACUGGGCCAUCACGGAUGCCCUGGAGUAUAGUAAACGCCGGACAGCGGGCCACGCGGCUGCCAUGAUUGCCAUUGUCUGGGCCAUCUCCAUCUGCAUCUCCAUCCCACCACUCUUUUGGCGGCAGGCCAGGGCUCAUGAAGAGAUAUCAGACUGCCUGGUGAACACUUCUCAGAUCUCCUACACCAUCUACUCCACCUGUGGGGCCUUCUACAUCCCAUCUCUGUUGCUCAUCAUCCUCUAUGGCCGGAUCUACAGGGCCGCCCGGAACCGCAUCUUGAAUCCACCGUCACUCUACGGGAAGCGCUUCACCACAGCCCAUCUCAUCACAGGCUCUGCAGGCUCCUCGCUGUGCUCGCUCAACCCCAGCCUUCAUGAGGAGCACGCUCAUUCAGCCGGUUCCCCUCUCUUUUUCAACCACGUGAAAAUCAAGCUUGCCGAUAGUGUCCUAGAGCGCAAGAGGAUUUCCGCUGCCCGAGAGAGGAAAGCCACUAAAACCCUGGGGAUCAUUCUGGGGGCUUUUAUCAUCUGCUGGUUGCCCUUCUUUGUUGCAUCUCUGGUCCUCCCCAUCUGCCGGGACUCCUGCUGGAUCCACCCAGCCCUUUUUGACUUUUUCACUUGGCUAGGCUACUUAAACUCCCUCAUCAAUCCAAUAAUCUAUACUGUGUUUAACGAAGAGUUUCGGCAAGCGUUUCAGAAAGUUGUCCAUUUCCGAAAAGCCUUGUAGUCUUACUUGGUGGUGACUCUUGUUAUCUUUUAUGUCCUGUAUCCCGAUUGGAAGUGUAUUUUUUAUUUUUCCUGAGAAUUGGGUUAAUCCUGAUUCCUCAGGUUUGGGUUCAAUGAGUAGAAUUGUUCAGCAUUCUUUUUCCUGUUGUCUUCCUGGCCUCUAGUCACCAAAAGCUGGGCAGCUGUGUGAAAGGGGACAAGACUUCACUUGGUGUAAGAUUUUCAUGGUUCACGCAUGUUGGAAAGAAUGUGACUCACAGGAUUCCCCAUCGAUGCAAUGCCGGCAGAAAGCUGCCUGACUCUCUAGAAAGACCCCAGGCUGAAAGGGGAGGGCUUUCUGGUCUACCUAAGUUUUCUAUGGCGCUCAAAAGAGGGUAGAUGAGAUUAAUGACCCGAGUUGAAAGAGAAUUUGGAGUCAGAGAGAGGACUUUCCAUUCCAUGUGGCAUCUUGAUUGGAAAACAAGACCCAGGUAUUUCUUUCACCAAGUCCUUCUUAGAUGGACUCUCACUCAGUUCUUCAUGGGGAGAGGUUCAGCAUUUGAGGCUCCAGUGAUUUAGAGUAACAUAUUGAGAAGCCAGGGGUAGGAGCAUGUGGGAUGGUUGGAAUCAGAUCAGCUACCCUGUGCCCAUCGUCCUUCCCCCACCCUCUGCAUCAUGCUAUUCUGCAUCCUCCUUUCUGCAUCAUCUUAAUGUUCUGAAGUUAAUACCCACAGUUACCCCCCAUUGAAGCAGAUUGACAGGGUGGUCAAGUUUUAAAUGGAACACCAUUCUGAAUUUUUUUCCUGAAUUAUUUUUUUAUAUCCCAUUCUCACUAGAGAUCUUAAAGUGUUGAGUCUUGCCAAAUAAAAAGCAUGAGACAUCAUGAUC